UCAUAAUCGCGAGGCGUCACGGGAGUUGUAGUUUUUGGACGUCCCGGCUCGCUCCACAGACCGCUGGGCGCAAAGGGGCUUUACUGGAGCGCCCCGAUCCCGAUGGCGUGGGUUCGCGUAUCGCUCUGGGCCUUGUGCGCGCUCCGCGUGGCGCUGGCCACUGUGUUCUUCCAGGAGGAAUUUCUGGACGGAGAGCGCUGGAGGAACCGCUGGGUGCCGUCCAACGACUCCCGUCUCGGCCACUUCCGACUGUCGUCGGGGAAGUUUUAUGGUCACAAAGAGAAGGACAAAGGUCUGCAGACCACGCAGAACAGCCACUUCUACGCCAUCUCUGCUCGCUUCCGGCCGUUCAGCAACAAGGGCCAGACGCUGGUGCUGCAGUACACGGUAAAGCACGAGCAGAAGAUGGACUGCGGCGGCGGCUACGUGAAGGUCUUCCCGGCCGACCUGGACCAGAGGGGCCUGAACGCCAAGUCCCCGUACUACAUCAUGUUCGUUCUAACCCACAGUGAACUCCAUGUGCUCCAGCAGCUCUGCCCAGGGCCGGAUAUCUGUGGAUUUGAUCUCAAGAAAGUUCAUGUUAUUUUACAAUUCAAGAAUGAGUAUCACGCAAACAAGAAAUUCAUCAAGUGUAAGGUGGACGGCUUCACGCACCUCUACACGCUGAUCCUGAGGCCAGAUCUGACUUACGAAGUGAAGAUCGACGGCCGGUCCAUCGAAUCGGGCAGCAUCGAGUAUGACUGGCAGUUGACGUCGCUGAGGAAAACCGAGCAGGCAGUGGCUUCCCCAGGCUCGGAGCGGGCGAAAGCAGGAGCAGGCCAGGACUGGGAGAAACACUUCCUGGACGCCGGCGCCAGCAAGCCCAGCGACUGGAACAGUGAGCUGGACGGAGACUGGCCGGGGCCCAUGCUGCAGAAGCCACCCUACCAGGAUGGCCUGAAACCAGAGGCAAUGGAUCAGGACCUCUGGCUCCAUGAAAAGAUGCCAAGUACUGGCUACCUGACUCGGUACGACCUCUCGGAAUUCGAGAGCAUCGGCGCCAUCGGGCUGGAGCUGUGGCAGGUGAGGUCGGGAACAAUCUUCGACAACUUCCUGCUCACAGAUGAUGAGAAAUAUGCAGAGAAUUUUGGGAAGGCCACCUGGGGCCAAACCAAGGGCCCAGAGAAGGAAAUGGACGACAUCCUGAUCAAGGAGGAGGUGACUAGAGCCCGUGAGGAGGAAGAGGAUGAGCUGCUGGAGGGCAGGUUCCACAGGCCUCAGGGGCCCUUUCAUGGGUUUCCCAGGCAGAACGAGCUGUAGUCCUCCCUACUGCUGCAGAGGGCAGAGGUGACUGGUAAAACUCCAUUCUACUUGAAUCAGCAGUUCAGAACUCAGCCUCUGUGUGCUCAUUUGUUCAGUGCCCUUGAAAAGCCUCCGCUGGGGCCAGGCGUGGUGGCACACACAUCUAUAAUGUCUAUAGUCUCAGCACUCGGGAGGCUGAGGCAGGAGAGUCAC